AAAAAAGAAUGAUGCGAUCAAAAGAGAGAUAGAAUAGCUUCGAUGGCCAGCAUAGCCACGAUGAAGUGAGCGAGUGAAGAAGAUAAGACUAGCUUGAUCUUCUUCGAGUUCUUUCGUGUUGGUGGAGCGAAGAGGGUGUUGGUUUCGGCGUCAUUCUUUGGUAGUGUUCCUGCUGAGCACGUCAAGUUUGAGUUCGCUAUUACCUGACAAAAUCGAUGCGCCAGAAGUAUAUUUAUCAUGGUUCUCGAGAAAAAACGUCGCAAAAGGUUCCAAAUUUAGAAAUCUGAAAGUAGAAUAUCAAGCCGGACGUCGAGAGGUUUAGUUGUCCUUCCGUACGAGGUUUUCUGCGGAAGAGGUUCUUCCACAUUCGUUCGAAUAAAGAACCAAACUCCAAAAGGAGCAAAGAUGAAGGUGUUCUACCUGCUCGCCGCCGCCACGGCAUCCGAGCAGCUGCGCGGUAGCACUGCGUUGGAUCAGAGCUCGCGCACAUCUCACGCAGAGCAGCAUGCGGGGAAAACGAAAAGCCACCCCAGCCACCGGCACGUGGUGCUGGAUGCGGAUGCCUUUGUUCCCGCGGAUACUGCCCAAGAAUCGCCGCAGCAUUCUCACGAAGACGAGAAGCUGCUGCGGAGCGAGCCAUUUGCGCACGGCAGAAACAUGAUGAAAACUUCUACCUCACAGCACCACCACAAGCAGACGCGGCUUAGUCCCGCCGCGGCGAAGAGGAAGCACAGUCUCCAGCAGCACCGCGUCGGCCAUUCGGGGCGGAAUCACCAUCAGCACAAGAAGCCGUCGCAGCAUGGCGCGCACCUGGCCGCGAAGCUGCACCUGCUUCAGAUCACCAAAAGCCGUGGAAUAUCUCGCAGAAAAAAACUAGCAUACCAUGUGUGUUGUAUAAUGCAAAGAUAGCUUGGCCAGAAACGAAAGUCGAUGGUCAAUGAUCAUGGGAGCUCUGAUAGCAUGCAGCUUAAUCGAUGCAACUGUGACUACUUUAAUUCACUUGAUAUACAAUUCUGCAUUAGCGGCACUAAUAGUUUUUUUUUCUAUGUGAUACGUAGCACACACUUCUUCGAGCGGUUCUGACCCGGAGCCCUUUGCCACAAAAGCCAAAGAGGUUGCUGACGCUAUUAUCGAUAACAAGACAAGUGACAGCGAUGAUGACGUGGACGCCGCGGUGGAUGCGCAGAUGACCAAUCUCGAGGGAACCUUCGCUGAGGGCCAUCUUACCACCGAUGGCGUUACCACGAUCACGCCUGCUAUCAAAACGGUAGCUAAGGCCGCUGUCGCCGAUGCCGGGGACGCUGCUUAUCAAAAUUGAAAACUUUCCCUCCCCAUAUUCAAAACGAAAUUUCUGAUGCUGGAUCUGCGUACACAGUCUUGUUUUGAGGGAUUGCAGCCAGAUCUUCAGCCUGGCCAGGGGCGUUUGCGUACAUUUGUUCCGAAUGGGAAACUGCUACCCGGUAGGCCCAGCAGCAUGGUAUACCGCUUCUUAGGGGGAAGAAAGCCUCGGCGCUUGCCUUCUUGCAAGACAAGGCUGAUUCGUGGUCAUAAGUCUGCGGCACAAAUUAUCCUCUUUAGUAUGGGAAGGGGGGAUUUUUCCUCCGAAUUCCGCGGCUGAUAAGGACACCAUUAAGGCGGCGAUCGAGCAACAAGCGCAAGCCAUCUUCGACGCUGAUGCUGGGAGGUAAAAUCAAUUGUUAAAUCCCGCAUGACAAAUACGUAACUAUUAACUUUUUGCACCGCGGGCCAGUUGCAUGCUAAGUACCCUUCUUGUUCGUUGGUGCUUCUCAUUCUCUUACCACGUUUCUCGCGGAGGUUUGAAUUUUGUGUAGAGGCAAAGUUGCGGCAAAUCCUGUUCCGCGGAGCCUAAUGUAUAAUGUUUGUACUAUUGUAGAACCUUGCAAGCGACUUGAUUUCUUUUUCUACCCAAUGCGGAAUGAGACUACAACUGAUACAAAGCAAACACAAACUACAGGGGCGGGAUGCCAUAUCCCGUGCAAAUAUGUGUCGUCCGGGGUUGGAAACUUGUCGUGCAAAAUAGUGAAAGUACACCACGAACAGAGUACAUUUUUAGUCAGCGAACCAUAACAACUUCUCUGGCGACCCUGUGUCACGUAUUUCGCAUGCAAAAUCAUAUUUCUGCAGCACCCCGAGCAAGUGGCGCUCGCGCAAUUGCGCAAGAACAAUAUUUUAUAAAUUCAUCGCAAACGAGUGGUCUAGAUCUACAAACAGUCAGCACUCCAGUCAAACAAUAGCUAUUCCGGACCCCAACGUAUUUGCAAUGCAUAAGCCGCCGGACUUCGACGUGUCGAUUAACAAGAUUUGCACCGAAAUGGAGAUAUCCCGUGUAAAGACGUACCAACAACCCAGUAGUGAAGAUUAGAGUUGUGCUACUUACACAAGGCCAGAAGCUUUAUCGGUCUUGCAUGACAACUUGGCUGCAUCUCUACGCGUAGUCGUGACUAGCUACAGCCUCCGGAAUGAUAAAUGCGUGAUACGCAUUCCGGGCAUGCGGACUUUUUACCGUUCCGCAUGCUCGAAAUGCGUAUCCGCAUGCCCGUGCCUGACAUUGAAUGGAUGUCAAGUACGGGUAGGCAAGAAUGUGUGCUGCAUUUUCUGUAGCAUGACAGACGUGCUGGGAUGAGUGCGUCUAUUUUACACAGGAUGGAAGACCGUCGAAGCCUGCCAAACGGAGUGUACGGAGGCCUGGACCCACUGCAUGGCGGUCAAGGACUAUCGCACGAAAAAACUGCUUCACCGCCAAUUUGGAGGAUAUACUUGGCAUGACAUGCGAACAAAGAAAGUCUUCGGGGCGUGUUUCGCAGGGAAAACACCACUAGCAGAAGAUUGAGUUUUGCCUUCCUGGCAGGACAAAAUGCAUGACAAUUUUACAACAGUGAAGCAGUUUUUUCUUGCGAUAAUACGGAUGCGCAGAAGGACAUGCCGGUGGGACAAGUAGUCAAUGCUGGUCAAGCAGCCGAAGCAGGAGCGGAGGCGUCCGCGGAGGAGAUAUGCAAGAAAAAAACUGUGUAAGUGUAAAUUUGUGUUACGAGCGAGGCAAGAGCGUCACACUUCUCAUUCUGGAUGUGCGACAUAGUCUAGUUUCAUAUUGUGGUGCUUUCGCUUUGCUGCUCAUCCUACAAAGACAAAGUUGCACUAAAACAGUCGUUGUCUUGGAUAGGGUGUGUGUGGCGCGGCAGGAGUGACUACGAGGUCGCAGGAGUGCUACUGCAAAGCCAAAGCAUACAAGGACAACGCGGCCUGCACCGAACCGCCGAAGGGGCACCUGUUCGAUUUUAUCGAAAUGUUCUACAAAGGGAUGGAGCCGGUAUCAAAUGCAACUGUGUCUCGGUCCGGAUGAAUGCCGAUGUUUGUAAUACGCCUUUUGCAUGAAGACCCAGAAGCUCUAGCUUGCAACCAACAGCAUUAUUGGUUUGAGGAGGUGUCCUACUGCUGCUUAUGCCCGCAUGAGAAAUCCCGAACUUGAAUGGCAAGAAGUCGGGCGCUGUUUCUGUCCAUGUAUGAUGACGGACUUGUGCGUGCUCUAGUACAAUGCGCAUGACAAGUUUGCAUCUGGUCCUGCGGGGGCUUGCUCUACAACGCCGCUCGGGGUCCUCCGGUGGCUUGCUGCCAAUGGAUACUCGGAGCGACCAUCAGAACUGCGUAACCGGUUGGAGCUACGAAAAAAAAAGAAUGGCCGGUCGGGCCGGUCAUUUUAGCAUCACAAGUUUGCAUGAUCCUUCCAGACCCAGACGCAGCUCGUUGCAGUUGAUACCCGGGUGGCGCCGAGGGGUUCAAAGUGGUCGCCGCGAUGUGCACGAGCCACACCUUCCCCGCGGACAUGAAGCUGGAAAACAUGGAGUGUUCGAUAUUGUCAGGUAAAAUCCAUCCUCGACGUUCCCAUAGUUCGUUGUAUUCGAACGAAGGUUUCCAUUUCUCAUGCGCGAUUUCAUUGUGAGUACACAAAUCAACUUGUGUCUGUGCUCGAUGAAGAAGAAGAAGGCGAAGUAGAGACACAGCAGAGGCCCACUUUGCUAGCGACGUGUCCUGGUACAACUACAUCGGGCAGUGCAGUGUAUCUAUCUGGAGUCCUGUCAUGCUGUGUGCUUGCAACCACAUACACUUUUGCGUGCCUGACAGCACUAGAAUCCGUAUCUGUUGUCAGUUCUUACGUGGCAAUACAGCAUGUAGAAAUUUACUUUUGGAUUUUGGGACGAAGAUGGGGAGAACUAUUUGCACUUCGAUAUCCGGCCGCCACUACGGCCGCGCCGGCGGGGGAAGGCGAGGGCGGGACCAACAUGGCGAUGAUCGGCGGAAUCGUCGCAGUCGUGGUGUUGCUCGGCGGUGUCGGGGGCUUCGUCAUGAUGCAUCAAAAGCCGGCGGACGGGGCGGCGGGCGUGGAGGGUGAGGGCGAAGCCGCGGAGGAGGAGUACAUGGAGGGUGGUGGGGAAGGGGCUGAGGAGGGGGUAUGUUAUAAUAAUUUAUUAGUCGUGCUGCGAAUUUGUAUGGAUAUGGAAUUCGGAAGCUUUCGUAAGGUGUCCUUCUUCUUCCGCUACAAAAUCAAAAACUGCAUUCAUGCACACCAUGGACGAAAUCAACAAAACAGGCCGAGGGCUGAGGCGGUGGCUCCGCGAUCGAGUCUUUGAUGACGCAGGAGGGUGGAGGAGGAAAGCGUUCACUCUCACGAUUUUGAUGAAGCGAUUUACGAAUUUUAUAUGCACCUUCUUGUUCCUCAGAAUCAGAAACCAGUUUCAGGAGACGUAUCGAAUACCAAAUGCACCGAGACAAUACCGAAUCGCUCAAAGAAUUAAUUUACGAGAUAUUGCAGACUCCAUUUGAUGUUAAACUUGUUGUAGCAUUGCCGAUUCGCUAACACAAA